AUGAGUGGUCACUACCACGAGAUCGACCCUUCUGGCGAUGUCGUCCUAGUCCUGUCCGCACAGCGACGCGCUCCCGUCAAGACCAGCUCGACAGAGCCAACAGCACAAGCCAAACCGGCGUCAUCGACUUCUCCAGCGUCUACAGAAGCAGAUCACCAUACGCCUCUCAAACAAGAUUCGGGAGAAAAACCUUCUGAUCCAGAGGAAGCUGCACCAGCUGCAGUUGAAACACCCCAGACCCGCUUCAGAGUCUCGUCGAAACACCUCACUCUGGCAUCAGAGUACUUCAAGGCCCAUAUCAAGAAACGCAUCGCUCCAACAAGCACCGCCGACGAGCCAGGGUAUGAUGAAGUCCAUAUGCUAGACUGCGAUCCUGAAGCUUUCCUGAUAGUCAUGAAUAUCAUCCACGGGAAGGGCCAGCAGAUCCCGAAUGAGGUGGAUGUAGCAAUGAUGCUGAAAGUCGCUGCUGUGGUCUGCUAUCUCGACUGUGAACCGGCAUGUACCUUUGUCCUCGGAGUCUGGAUAAAGCGGUUGCUCGAUGCGAAGAAAGUAGUCUACGACACAUGGGACAACUGCCUGAAAUGGGCCUAUAUCAGCUGGGCUUUCAGACAACCUUCCUUGUUCACAAGCUCCACAAGUGCUGCCAUGUCUUGGAGAUGUUCAUCGUCCAAGUAUCCCGCCGACCUCAAUCUUCCAGUGACUAUCAAAGGUAUUGUUGUCCUAUCAUUUUUCCUAUAUCCUUUAUUGGCCCCUGGAAGUCUCGAGUCUCGAUCCAAUGCAUUGAAGGUCAUAAGUGCUAACUUACAAACGCGUUUUCGCUAG